CUCCGUCGCGCUGCUGUGCGGUUGGAAUCAUAUUCCAAGAUCUGUCCGAAGAGGAUCAUUGUAAACACCUUGCAUAUUUCGCCUUAAAAUGGUCCGUACGAAAAACUUGAGCGCCGCAUCUGGAAGGAAACAGAGGAUUGAAGGAAUUGUGAAGAAUUUAAGCGCCAAAGCGACUUCAUCGCCGAGUAAUCCUGAUGAAAAGCAGGCGGAAUCUGUCUCUGUUUUGGGGGUUCGUGAAAGAUCAAUGGAUUCCAUAACAAACAGAAGCAGUCCAUUUGAGACAGUGUCAUAUGAACUACCAGUUGGUAUGCAGUUUUUUGGCAUCGUAGCUUCGAAGCAAUUGCUACAAGGACAGAAGUUCGGUCCAUUUCCUGGGAGUAUCGCUCAAACCGUAGAACCAAGUGUUCUCAACUAUUCAUAUAUUUCUCAGAUUCCGGAUGUGGAAGGCAAUGACUACUGUUUGAACUUAUACAAGAUAUCUUUCUCCUCUUCGAAAUGGCUCAACUGCAUCGAGCGAUGCACAAGUCACGGGGAAUACAAUAUCGUCGCAUACAAUACACCAGCAGGGAUUUUCUUACAAACGGUUCGCGAUGUCGUACCUGGACAACAAUUGUGUGUUGCCUACGAUCAGGCAUACGAUCUACCACAAGUGCUACAAACACCAGUACCCGCGAUACAGUCUUUGAAUACUCCUUCGUUUGUCCAAGGAAACGUGGCUGAACCGUUCGUUAACUUGAGGACAACGGUAGGCCCAGAGUUCCUUGCGCGAAUUCACGAACAGCGAUCACCGGCUUUUUCUUUGGAAAUGACAAAUCAUGUUGAUAAUCAUGUCAGCGCCGAUGGAAACGAAACGGAGUCGACAGAAGAUGUGAAACCAACUUACAAUGUGAUGACAGCUGAUGUCUCGGAGACCUACUACCCGCCCAUUGAGGAUUCAAAAAUUCCUUUAAACGAAAACUACACGCAAAUCAGUCCUGCGCACGUUGCUGACGAGGAAGGAAAACUGUUUAAAUGUACAAGCUGUAGAGGAAGUUUUGUUACCGUGGAAGAACGAAACAAUCAUAUGGAAACAGCACACACGGCAGAGUGUUCUAUAUGCAAGAAGGUCUACACAAGUUCAUAUUUAAAGGAACAUAUGACAUUUCACUACGAGUCGUCACGUGUGACAUGCCGUGUUUGUGCAAAAGUUUUCUCCAGCAUAAGUAAUCUUCGGAAGCACGAGAAGAAACAUGAAAAACGCGGCUUUGCUGUCCGGGAAAAAAGACGUUUGUUUAAGUGCUCGGAAUGCCCGGAGACGUUCAAUACAGAAAAGUACCUAGAGAUACACCGCAGGAAACACGUGCUCAUUCUACCAAUUACAUGCAACGAUUGUGGUGAAGUAUUUGCGCAGAAGAACCUCUUACGUCGACAUCAAGCCGUUGUCCACAAAGGAAUCAGGCCGUUUAGCUGCAGAUAUUGUGAUAAAACGUUCACCCAGCGAGGUAAUUUAGCUCGUCAUUGCAGACAAGCGCAUGCGGAGAAAACAGCGACAGACAAUCGCUUGACCAAAGAGAAGUUCUUAUGCCGUCGGCGUGGUUGUAACCAAGCCUCGUUUUCGAGUCGUGAAUUAUACAUCGAACAUUUGCAACAGCAUUCGGGCAAUGCUCGCAUUUAUUCCUGCGGGGAUUGCAGCUGCGUGUUUUCUAGCGCUGGCAAUCUCAGUAAACAUAAAAAGACGUUGCAUGGUGACAGUCCCGGGAAACAGAGCGUUAUGAAACCAAGCACAACUCAAUCUACGGUUCCACCAAUAACUCUCCCUGCUUCUGUACCGGAAAUCGAAGCGAAAUACAAGUGUUCUCAAUGUCAACGGCCGUUUCAAAAUCAUUUCCAACUAAAUAGGCAUAUGAGAGUUCAUAAGGAGAAGAAACGAGAACUCAAUAGAUGCGAUGAUUGUGGAAAGAUUUUCAUGACGAGAUCAGGGCUUUCAAAACAUAUAAGGUACUUGCGUUGUGUUAUUAAAAAAGAAGAUUCGAGUCCUGCAAAAGAAAGCGACGACUCAAAAUCCAACAUCCUGGCAGAAAAUAAAUCACCAAAAGACUCGAAAGUAGGGCGGGAAAUCAGACCAACUAGAGCAGCAAGAGAAUCAAAGGUUCUGAGGGAGAAUAAACUAGAAAAUCCAUUCGGUUGCACUACGUGUGGCAAAAACUUUACAAGUGCUUGGUAUCUAAAGGUUCACCGAAGGACACAUAAGAACUACCACGUUCCCUGUGAACUAUGCGGUAAAAUGUUUAGUCAUGUUACAAAUCUUGCUAAACAUAUGAAAUACAUACAUCAAGGUGUGCCUGUUGUACGAAAGCCAAAGGAGAAACCUAAGCCAAAGACCAAAGGGGACGCCGUAAAUCCAGAACUUACUUGCGAUAAAUGUGACAAAACUUUAGCGAAUAUAAACUCGUUGGCAGUACACAAACAACUGCAUUUCGGACUGAAGCCUUUCAAGUGUGAAUUUUGUGAUUCAAGGUUUACCCAGAAAUGCAAUAUGAAAAGACAUUUAGGAACAUGCAAAAUGGUUUUGGAACAGUCGAACAAUUCCUCAAGGAAUCAAAACCACGCUCCAGCGACGCCUCGUGCUCCAGGGACCUCCUUAGCUGCUGGUGAAAAUUCAGGACGUGUUCCUGAACCACCAUCAAGUCCCGUGUUUUAAGUGCUUUAGCCUCUUUUUCUUUACAAGUGUACAUAGCGUUGAAAACGUAGAACUCUUUGGCAGGAUGCAAAAUUAUGUUACGACAUCGCAUGCAGUAAAAUUUACGUGAAAGUAUUUUUUGCUUUGUAUUUAGCUAAACUGCAUGGAGUAAAUUUGAAGUUUUUA